AUGCUUAAUCUGAAUAAAUGGUUAUUUCCAUUACUAAUAUUACCGUCUUUAGUAUAUAGUAUAGAACAUAAUAUAACUCUAUUAACGAGUAGCCAUUCUAACUUUGAUAUAUUCAAAAAACAAGACGAUUGUCCACCAUGUUUUAAUUGUUUAUUACCUGGUUUCGAAUGUCUUCAUUUUGCUAAUUGUUCAGAAUACGAUGGCAAAUGUAACUGUCCUCCUGGUUUUGGUGGUGAUGACUGUAAACAACCCUUAUGUGGAUCGUUACCGGAUGGUCAUAAUCGUACUCCAAGGGAAAACGAUCAUUGUGAAUGUCCAGAAGGCUGGGAAGGCAUCAAUUGCAAUGUUUGCAAGACGGAUUCUGUAUGCGACUCACUUGUACCAACUGGACAAAAUGGUACUUGUUAUAAAAAUGGAAUUACUGUCUUUGAAAAUUACCAAAUGUGCAAUGUUACAAAUCGAAAAAUUCUUGAUCAGUUAAAGAAGCAAAUUCCACAAGUAACUUUCUCAUGUAAUAGAAAUCAUGCUACUUGUGAUUUUCAAUUCUGGGUUGAUGAAAUUGAAUCAUUUUAUUGUCAUCUCAAUACAUGCGCAUUCGACAAACAAUACGAUUAUUAUGGCCAAAAUUCAACUCACUAUAACUGUAAGAAUAUUGAAUGUAGAUGUAUCAAGGAUGAAAUGUUAUGCGGUAAAGAUGGUUCAAUUGAUUUGACCGACUUCUUAUUGGAUGAAAUUAAGGGUCCUGCUUCCUUUGAUUGUGUAGGAGGCUCACAAUGUAGCUUCAACGAGCCUGCUAUGAAUGACCUUAUUUCAGCCGUCUUUGGUGAUGAUGCCAUCUUCUUGGAUUGUCAUGGUGGUGAAUGUUUACAUUAUACAAUGGUCCCAGGC